CGUGCACGGGGAGCCUUUUGAACCGGUUGAGGACGUGGUGUUGAUGACCCCCAUGAAGAGUGAGGUUGUUGCUGUGCUAAGGAAGUUGUACCGCCAACUGAUGGGGAACAAAGUGCCCGUGACGAUUAGUGACGGUUUAACGUACCAUCUCUUUGGUGAGAACCGGCCGUGGAUCCUCACAGCAACAGCUUUACCGUCCAUUUCCGAAACGGCACUCAUUUCAUCUUGCCCCUUUACCCUUGCAGUUAGCGCGCCGCCGGGUAUUUCUCAGGAGAUUAUUCAGGCAAUUGAAACAGCACGGGAAAAACGACGCGGCGCAGCGGCGGAACGGCGCAGGAAGGAAGAAGAGGAGGAGCGUGCCCGCGAGUUGUUGCGGGAGAGGGAACGCGAGGAGGAACAUCGUCGUGUUGUGGAGGAACGCAAAAAGGCGAGGGCAGCUGCGGAGCAAAAGCAGGAAUCGGAACGGCUGGAGCGAGAACAAGCCGCUCGCGAUCAACGGGAGGAGUCGGCAAGAAUCGUUGCGGAAAGAUCAGCAUGGUAUCGGUGA